GCGCUCGUUCGCGUCCUCGCGGGCCCGGGCCGGGCCGAGCGCGCAGAGUCGGCGGGCGGCGCCCGGCGGAGGACAGCGAGUCCGGCGGUCGCGACUGCCCAGCUGCAGAAGAUGAACAAUCUUUCGUUUAGUGAGCUAUGCUGCCUCUUCUGCUGUCCACCUUGCCCAGGGAAAAUUGCUUCAAAACUAGCAUUCUUGCCACCUGAUCCAACUUACACACUGAUGUGUGAUGAAAGUGGAAGCCGCUGGACUUUACACCUGUCAGAGCGAGCGGACUGGCAAUACUCUUCCAGAGAGAAAGAUGCUAUUGAGUGUUUCAUGACCAGAACCAGUAAAGGCAACAGAAUUGCUUGUAUGUUUGUGCGUUGUUCACCCAAUGCUAAAUAUACCUUACUGUUCUCACAUGGAAAUGCUGUUGAUCUUGGUCAGAUGAGCAGCUUUUACAUAGGUCUGGGGUCCCGGAUUAAUUGUAACAUAUUCUCAUAUGAUUACUCUGGAUAUGGUGCUAGUUCUGGAAAGCCAACAGAGAAGAACCUGUACGCAGAUGUUGAAGCUGCCUGGCUGGCUCUUCGGACAAGAUACGGCAUUCGUCCUGAAAAUGUGAUUGUAUAUGGCCAGAGCAUAGGGACAAUACCAUCUGUGGAUCUUGCUGCUAGGUAUGAGAGUGCUGCUGUUAUUCUUCAUUCUUCAUUGACCUCAGGAAUGUGAGUUGCUUUCCCUGAUACCAAGAAGACCUACUGUUUUGAUGCAUUCCCAAACAUUGACAAAAUCUCUAAGAUAACCUCUCCAGUAUUAAUAAUUCAUGGGACUGAAGAUGAAGUCAUUGACUUUUCGCAUGGCCUCGCAUUGUUUGAGCGUUGCCAAAGACCUGUGGAACCUCUGUGGGUUGAAGGGGCAGGACACAAUGAUGUGGAGCUUUAUGGACAAUACCUUGAGAGGUUAAAACAGUUUGUGUCACAGGAACUGGUAAAUUUGUAAACUACUCUGUAAAUUUGCAUACUGGGUUUUCUUUUCUUGCUGAACUGCACUCCUUGGUGGCGCACACCUUUAAUCCCAGCACUUGGGAGGCAGAGGCAGGCAGAUCGCUGUGAGCUCAAGGCCAGCCUGGUCUACAAAGUGAGUCCAGGAUAGCCAAGGCUACACAGAGAAACCCUGUCUCAGGGGGAAAAAAUCUGAAGGUUUUGUUUACAAAUCAUGUAAGUUGCCUUCAUAACUGUACAGGUAAUGAUUUGUUAACAGACUUAAUGAAGGUUUUAAAUACCAGAACUAGAACUGGAAAUAGCAGUAUGAUGCAGUCAGGCUGUGUAAUUUAUAUUUUUCCUGUGAAUUUUUUUUAAACAUCAAGAUGAGUACUGUAUGAAAUUUUAAUUCUAUAAAAUCAAAUGCUGUAAAAGUAUUGCCAAAUGCUUUUGCAUAUCAAAAGCAAAUUUAUAAAUAUUUUUAAACAUCUCAAUGUACUAAAUAUCCUGGUAUACAAAUGUAAUAUUCUUUCAAAAAGCUGUAUAUCUAAAGCAAUUUGAGUAUUCGGAAUAAACUGUAAAAAACAAAACUGUAUUAAAACAUCCAAGUUGAGUUGAUGUAUACUCUGUUGUACAGGGAUAGAGGCUUAAAUGGUUAUUUUAUUGUAAAAAUACAUUGACUUUUCUGUAUUCCCUGAGUAUAAUACUUUUAUCCUUUUAAAAAAAAAAGUCUUAAUUUUUAUGCCAUUCGUUAACUUACCAGCUGUUCAUCAUGUAAAUGAGAAGUCCUGAUGGCGCUGAAUUUUAACUAGUUAGGAUUUAUGUUGGUACUGUGAGACAACUACUUAACAUUUGCAUUCAGUUACUUAAAGGACAUUUGGGCUUCAAGAAUGAUUUUGUAUGCAGCGUUGUUUUAAAUUUUGACUAAUGAUUAGAAUUGUAGUAGUCUUCCUUAUAUGAAUACUUGAAACUCCAUUAGCUGUUCUUCAAGACCACGGACAGACUGGCUGUUUGAUCCCUUUCCACUUUGGCUGUUUUUAAAAGUAGGGCCUGUUCUUUUGAAUUACUAUCUGAGAAUGUUAUGGGUUCAUUCCUGAAUACAGGGGAUAAGAAAACAUGUCAUACAUCUUACAUUAACCAGUAUAGUAAAAUAAAUAAAUAAAGCUCACACAUAAAAACUAAGUUGCCUUUCCUUGAAUGAACCUUGCCUGAAUAAAUGAAAGAAAAAUAAAAUUAAACUAAUGGUAUGUAGUCUAAUUUAUAAUGAAUGAGAAUUGAAAUAAUAUACACUGUGGGUAUGUUUUUAAGGCCUUAUGUAGUUUUAAUUGUUCUGCUUGUUCUGUGGUUAUGUCUAAGACUAUAGUAUAUCAAGUACUGUGAAUGCUUGGUUCAGAUAUGUCAAAUUAACAGUAAAACAGCAAAUGUAUCACUCGGCUGUGCUUGUUUG